UUUCAAUUGGUCUGUACAUAAAAGAGCGACAUGCGCAGCGUAUAGCUAGCUAGCUACUGUUGUUACGUUGUUGUACGAGUCAUAUCGUCUACGCGCUGUUCUACGAGGAGCCACCCGUGGUGCGGAAACCAAGGAUUUAAGUCAAUAUAAUUCGAUAUUUUCGAUCUGAAGCAUAAGAGGUGACUCAAAAGUAUCAGGAUGACUACCCAGAAGAAUGCCCCUGUGGACCGAGGCAGUGCUGUGGCCGUCAUCAUCUUUAUCCUGGGACUGGGGACACUGCUGCCAUGGAACUUCUUCAUCACCGCCACUGAGUAUUUCGACGACCGCCUCAAAGGGACCCCGUCAAGUUACGGAACGUCCCCAGUUACUAAUGGAACGCCCCCAGUUACUAAUGGAACGACCCCAGUUACUAAUGGAACGACCCCAGUUACUAAAGACUACGAAUUUGCCAGCUUUAUGACCCUUCUAUCCCAGCUGCCCCUGCUCCUCUUCACCCUGGCCAACUCUUUCCUGUAUCAGUGUAUCAGAGAGAAGGUCCGGAUUGCUGUCAGUCUGGUCUCCAUCCUCUUCCUCUUCCUCCUCACGGCCAUUAUGGUCAAGGUGCCCAUGCAGCCCGACAGCUUCUUCUCCAUUACCAUGGCAACUAUCUGGUUCAUCAACUCUUUUGGAGCUGUGCUCCAGGGCAGUCUGUUUGGGCUGGUAGGAAUGCUCCCCCCGAAGUACAGCACAUUGUUUAUGAGUGGUCAGGGACUGGCAGGGAUCUUCGCUUCCCUGGCCAGUCUGCUCUCUAUCCUCAGUAAAACAGACAAAGCCAGUGCUGCUCUUGGGUACUUCGUAACCCCCUGUGUGGCCACUCUGCUCACUUUGCUCAGCUACUUACUACUGCCACACCUGGAGUUUGCCCGGUUUUACUUUGAGAAAAGUAAAAGUCACCGUGACCAACUGGCGACCGUAAACGAGCCUCUCGAAAGUGCAGUCAAAGAAAAAGAAGCUUUGGCCAAUGGUGACCUAAAAGGCUACAACAAUGAACCCAUAAUAUCAAAUGGUGAUUUUGAGGCCAGUAGGACCAAAGAAGCCCUGUUCAUGAUGAAACAGACGGACAGUCACACCAGGUCAUCUGUCCUGGCAGUCUUCAAAAAGAUUUGGGUGAUGGCCCUCUGUGUGACGUGUGUGCUGGCUGUUACACUGUCGGUUUUCCCCGCUGUCACAGUAAAAGUGAAGAGUGUGUAUGGAAACAAGGAGUGGGACCGAUACUUUCUCUGUGUCUGCUGCUUCAUCGUCUUUAACGCCAUGGACCUGAUUGGCCGCAGUGUCACCUCUAUGGUUCAGUGGCCCUCAAAGCAAAGCAGUCUGUUCCCUGUGCUCGUGGUGUCCCGUGUGGUCUUCAUCCCUCUCAUCAUGCUGUGUAAUACUGACAACCGCCAGUACCUGCCAGUCCUGUUCUCCCAUGACGUUGCCUUCGUUGCCAUCAUGACAUUAUUCGCCGUGUCCAAUGGAUACUUCAUCUGUCUCUGCAUGUCCUACGCACCUCAGUUGGUGAGGUCUAAAGACUGCGAGACAGCUGGGGCCUUGAUGACCUUCUUCCUGGCUCUGGGUCUGUCUCUAGGCGCAGCCCUCUCCUUCCUGCUGAGGAACCUGCUUUAGAGAACACUACCUUCCACACACCACUCCAACCAAACACUCUUAUAAAAUAGACUGCCAUCUUGAACCUAAAAGGGUUAUUCGGCUGUCCCCAUAGGAGAAUCCUUUGAAGAAGCCUUUUUGAUUCCAGGCAGAAUCCUUUUGGGUUCCAUGUAGAACCCUCUGUGAAAAGAAAAGGGUUCUACCUGGAGCCAAAAAGGGUUCUAUGGGGACAGCCAAAUAACCCUUUUGGAACUAUUUUUUUCUAAGAGUGUAUUUGUGUUACUCGCUGAAUAGAAAUGGAUUAUACACAUGUUCAUUAAUGCCAAAGCAAACGUACAGUACCAGUCAAAAGUUUGGACACAGCUAUUCAUUCCAAGGUUUUUCUUUGUUUUUUAUUAUUUUCUACAUUGAAGAAUAAUAGUGAAGACAUCAGAACUAUGAAAUAACACAUAUGGAAUCAUGUAAUAACCAAAAGGGUGUUAAACAAAUCCAAAAUAUAUUUACUAUUUGACAUUCUUCAAAGUAGCCACCCUUUGCCUUGAUGACAACGUUGCACACUCUUGGCAUUCUCUUAACCAGCUUCAUGAGGAAUGCUUUUACAACAGCCUUGAAGGAGUUCCCACAUAUGCUGAGCACUUGUUGGCUGCUUUUCCUUCACUCUGUGGUCCAACUCAUCCCAAAGCAUCUCAACUGGGUUGAGGUCAGGUGAUUGUGGAGGCCAGGUCAUCUGAUGCAGCACUCACUCACUCUCCUUGGUCAAAUAGCCCUUACACAUCCUGGAGAUGUGUUGGGUCAUUGUCCUGCUGAAAAACAACUGAUAGUCCCACUAAGCGCAAACCAGAGGGGAUGGCGUAUUGCUACAGAAUACUGUGGUAGCCGUGCUGGUUAAGUGUGCCUUGAAUUCUAAAUAAAUCACAGACAGUGUCACCAGCAAAGCACCCCAACAACAUCACACUUCCUCCUCCAUGCUUCACGGUGGGAACCACACAUGCGGAGAUCAUCCGUUCACUUACUCUGCGUCUCACAAAGACACGGCGGUUGGAACCAAGAAUUUCAAAUUUGGACUCAUCAGAUAAAGGACAGGUUUCCACCGGUCUACGGUCCAUUGCUUGUGUUUCUUGGCACAAGCAAGUCUCUUCUUAUUAUUGGUGUCCUUUAGUAGUGGUUUCUCUGCAGCAAUUCGACCAUGAAGGCCUGAUUCACUCAGUCUCCUCUGAACAGUGGAUGUUGAGAUGUGUCUGUUACUUGAACUCUGAAGCAUUUAUUUGGGCUGCAAUCGGAGGUGCAGUUAACUCUAAUAAAUGUAUCCUCUGCAGCAGAGGUAACUCUGGGUCUUCCUUUCCUGUGGCCUUCCUCAUGAGAGCCAGUGUCAUCAUGGCUUUUGAUGGUAUUUGCGGUUGCAGUUUAAGGUUCUUGAAAUUAUUUUACCAUUGUAUUUCUUUUUAUUACUUUUAUAUUGUUUUUAUACUGUAUUGUGAUUUUUUUACUACCUUAUUGCAUUUUAUACACAAUAAUUCAGCUUUCAUGGAGACAGUUUUUGGAAAAGUCUGGUAGCUGUCUCCUUGACAUUCUGAUGGUUUGAAAAAUAAAUUAUUUUUUCCCCCAGAAA